AUCAAAAACACAAAAAUGACAGAGGCCAGCAUUGAGAGCACCAUGAGAGAUGUGGAGUUUGUUGACGGAUUCCAGAGAGUUUCGCCCUCAGAAUCCUACUUAUUUCUCAACGCAAAGACUGACCACGAAAGGAAAGUGCUUGUUCUGUGGAUGAACAGCUCUAAAGAUAAAAAGAGAGAUAUCAUCAGAUCCCUACAGGGUGCAACAAUACGAUGCUGCAGUGAUAAAGUUCGUCCAGUGCUCGUCGCCUCCACCAUUAUUCCCUCAGUGAACAACAUUAUUUGGGCAGGUGUGUUCAGUGCACAGAAUCAGCAGGAUCCGGAGAACAGCGCGCUGGCUCUGUACGACAUCAGUAACGUUCAAGGCCGUACAAAGGGGUUCUGCGCUUAUGGUGAAAAUCCAUGUGGUUCUGAGAGUGGUAGUGAAUUUAGUCCGCUCUCUGUGGUGUUCAAGUACAGCUCAGUGUCAGCAGUGGCAGCAAUAAGGAGUGAAUCCUGGAUUGUGCUGUUCAUAGGAACCAGUGAUGGCCAACUAAUAAAGCUUAUGUUGGAUGAGAAAUUCACAGCAGGUUGUCCCAUAGUGCUGUACAAAUCUGAUGAUGAACGAGCAGUGCUUCCCAAAAUGCACUUUGAUCCAGUGGGUUUCAAACAUAUCUACAUCGCUCUGAGGAAACAGUUAAGAAGAGUGUCUGUGGUUCCCUGUGCUAAAUACAGCACUCUGAAAGACUGCAGAGCUGCUCUGGAUCCUCUCUGCGGCUGGUGUGUGAACAAACACAGAUGCUCCACCCAUGAGGAAUGUUCGAAAUCUUCAUGGGUGUCCACCCCAAAAGAGUCUCUUCAGAAACAGCUGGUUUCUUUUCAGGUUUGGGCAGAUAAAUCGUCCAGCAAGAUUACUCUACAUCUUUCCUUGAGUCUGGAGAGCACAGAAAAUCCCACCUUCUCAUGCACCUUCACCACAGGAACCAAGAAGCUGUGUGAUGGGUCUGAUCUACCUGCAGUUUUCCCAAACUGCUACUGUAGUUUUUCUGACCAGCAAUUAUAUACUAGAGGUUUAAAUGUCUCUGCUGAAGUGGCUGUUGGGGAUCAGAAGAUCACAGAGACGUUGAAGCUGAAAGACUGCCUGAAUAUCAAAGAUAAUGUAUCAAGUGCUGCUUAUACACAGUGUGUGCAGUGUAUCUCAUCUGGGUGUCGCUGGUCCUCUUCCUCCAAGAGUUGUGAAUGGGCACAUGGACGUGGACAGCAGUUACACAUACAGGAUGCAUGUUAUGAUGUGCUCUAUGAGACAGGAUAUGAAGAGACAGAGAUUUUCUCUCUGGAGCCCAACAAGGCUUCUUUCCAUGGCAGAAACAAUGUUUUAUUAAGAGGAAGAAACCUGGAAUCUGUCACUAAAAUCCGUAUUCAAGGGGAUCUGAACUGCAUUUCUAAAGAAUCUCCAGUUUUUAAUGCCUCCAGUGACACUUUAAGGUUCCACAUUCCUCCCAGUGAAACUAAAGGAACAGUGAAAGUGUGUGUUGUUACUCCUGACGACCGUUGUCAUGGUAACAGCAUCAUCACUUACAGUUCCCAGCCCAGCUGUACUGGAAUACAGCCCAGAUUCUCCUGGAGCAGAGGUGGAAGGAAGAUUCAUGUUCAGGGGAGCAAUCUGGAAUUUGUUGAGUCAGUUAAUGUCAGUCAUCAGUCAUAUGAACAACAUAAUGUGCUGAAAACACAAUACAACACAAGCUCAGGGGAUGUGUGGUUUCACUCUGCCAGUUAUUAUGAUUAUUAUCGUGAAAUCUGUCCUUUAAACUUGAUUGUUGGGAACUUUAGUGUCGACUGUGGGAAUUUGUAUUACGAAUCUGAUCCAGAAUUCACUACAUUUACCACCUUACAGGUGGAAAAUGAUCUACAGGUGAACAUUAAGAAAAGGGCAGAUAGGUUGAAUUUGAGUAUGAGUGAGGUGAAUGUGACGGGUCAACAGGGAGAUCAGCAGUAUCAGUGUGUUUUGGAGAAGAUUGAGACCUAUACUGUUAUCUGUAAGAUUAAAGGAGAAUCUGGAGCCGUCCUAGAACUGGACUCACUCUACAUCAGCGUUGGGAAUUUUUAUAUUACCCUAAGUGGAGAAAGACCAAAGGAGUUGGAAUUUUUUUCUUUAGUCUUUUCUUUAAUAUUCUUAUUCUUUUUUCUUAUCUUUUUCAUUUUGUUAUUCAUUUUUCGUGUUUAACAUAAUAUCCAAUCUGUUUUUCCCAUUAAGUGGCCAGUCCAACUCAGAUAUAUACAAACAUAAAGCCUUUAUAAGUGUAACUGUGCUGUAAAGUUCUGUUUAUAUAUAAGUCAGAGUAAUAUUCCUCUUAUCUCAUCUGGCAUCCUUCUGACUGGUCACAAAAACCUACUGUUGAGCUGAUCUCCAAACAGCAGAUGGCGCUUUAUGCUUACAUAUUAUGAUAUGCUGUAAAAACAUAUGAUAUGCCAUUCAAAGUUCCUACAGAGGACUGGUCUGUUAUGUAGCACUGUGGUAAAAUGAUUUUGUAUUAGAAGGCUUUGAUUGUAUCUUUUUUAUUGUUCUCUUAUUAAUCUGAUAUUUUGAUGUUAUACUGUGAAACAAGG